AUGAGGGUUUUGGGAGAAGAUGAAGAGAUCACAGAGGAUGAUUUGCAGAGGAUGCCUUAUUUGAAGGCAGUGAUAUUAGAAGGGUUAAGGCGGCAUCCUCCACUCCACUUUGGGCUGUCACAUACUGUCACGGAGGAUUUUCAUUUAGACAGCCAUGUGAUACCUAAGAAUGCUAAUGUGUAUUUCAAUAUAGCAGAGAUGGGGUGGGAGCCAAAAGUGUGGGAGAAUCCAAUGGAGUUCUGGCCUGAUAGGUUUUUAAGUGGAGAGGGAUUUGAUGUAACAGGGAAGAAGGGGAUAAAGAUGAUGCCCUUUGGUGUGGGGAGGAGGAUUUGCCCUGGAUAUAACCUGGCAUUGCUUCUUCUAGAGUAUUUUGUAGCUAAUCUGGUCAAAGAUUUCAAAUGGAUGGCUGUUGAUGGAGAAGAUGUUGACUUGUCAGAGAUGAAAAAUUUUGAGGUUGUGAUGAAGACUCCAUUAAGGGCCCAUAUAUCUCCAAGGGUGAUGAAGUGA